AUGUGGCCAUACACAGUCUUUGAUUAUAAGACUUUCUUGCUUUUUACUCCGUUUACCGUUGCAUUCACUGGACUACUAUGGCGAAUCAUCAAACGAUAUCCUUCCACAAUCAUUAUGCAGCCGACACGCGAAAAUCAAUAUUUAAUUAGUGAAUGUUCAUCAUUGGUUGAGUAUCGUCCAACGCCUUGGAUAUUUAACGGACAUAUCAUGACAGUUUUCGGUGUACUCUUUCGUCCGUUACUUUCGAUGUCAUUUGAACGUGUUCUUCUAUCGAUUGAUGCUGAGGGUGGAACAAUUGCUAUUGAUUGGCACCGUCAACCACGUCCUCGUCAGCCAGUUUUACUGAUUCUACAUGGGCUAACAGGUGGCUCUGAUAAUGAGUAUAUUCGCUGGAUGAUUUCUUAUGCAACUUCAAAACUAGAUCUAUGUUGUGUGGUGACACAUGCACGCGGAUGUGGUAAAUCAAAACUCACAUCACCGAAAUCGUUCAAUGCUUCAAAUACUGAUCAUGUGCAAGAAUCAUUGAAGUACAUUCGUUCUCGUGUGGGUGAUGAGACGCCAAUCUUUGCUGUUGGUUACUCCCUAGGUGCUGGAAUUCUUGCAAAAUUUCUCGGUAAAGAAGGUAGUGAUUGUUCUUUACAAGGCGCAAUUGUUUGUUGUGCAAGUUUUGAUAUGCAUUUAUCAUCGAAGAACUUAGAACGAUGGUUAUACAUUCAUAUCUACAAUCGACGUUUGACGAAUAAUCUAAUUCGAUACUUACGGCAACAUGAAGACCAUUUUUCUAGACACGAUUCCGAUAUUAAUCUUAAUCUUCAAACAGCGUAUCGAUCAAAAACACUACGAGAGUUCGAUAAGAACGUCAUCGUCCCUAUGCAUGGCUUUCGUGAUGUUGAACAUUAUUAUUCGGAAGCAUCAUCGCAUGAAUGGAUUAAGUAUAUACGUAUCCCCACAUUGAUCUUAAGCGCAGCUGAUGAUCCUAUAUGUCCCAUUGAUGGUUUACCGGUUAAAGAAGUUCUAAACAAUGCAUCUAUUAUUGCUGUGAAGACUUUAGAGGGUGGGCACGUUAGUUAUCUUCAAGGUUGGUGGCCAAGAUCGUUUUCAUAUGAUAAUAUAGUUGUAGGUGAAUACAUACAAGCACUAUUGAAAAAAAUCAAUUACAAAUGGCCGUAA